GCAGUUUCAGAAGAUGUCGGGACUGCGCAUGUCCGGCUCUCUGAAUCGGGAGACGGUGCACAAGAUGAAGGAACCUCGCUGUGGCUUCCCGGACGUCGUGCCUGCAGAGGAGCGGAGCAACGCCGGGCCGGGCAAGAGACGCAAGCGUUACAACACCACUUUUUUCCAUCGCUGGUGGUUCACGUGUUCAAUCACGUGGAAGGUGGAGAACAAUACGAGCGGACUGAGCGAUAGAGAAGUCAG